CCAAUCUCAGCUGCAAUCCCUUUAUGCUGAAGGAAUUGAGGGAUGCCACAUGGAGUUUGCUGCAUACAACUUACUAUAUGUUAUCCUGCACUCUAGUAACAACAUAGAUCUUGUAUCAUCUAUGUCGAGAUUAUCAAGUGAAGCUAAAAGAGAUAAUGCAGUAAGGCACGCUCUUGCAGUUCGGGCAGCUGUCACUUCUAGAAAUUAUGUUAUGUUCUUCAGGCUCUUCAAAACAGCACCAAAUUUGAACACUUGCCUGAUGGAUCUAUAUGUUGAAAAGAUGCGGUUUAAGGCAGUGUGCUGCAUAUCUCGAUCAUAUCGGCCUACGUUACCUGCUUCUUAUAUCGCUUAGGUUCUG